UGAUAAGUCAAGAGACCAAAGUCAUUAACGGCUCUUCUCUGUUUGGUUUUGAUAUGGGGUUUCCAAAAUUCUGUUUCUUGGUGGUGAUGGCUGCUGUCCUGCAUGGAUCGACUCAAGUUGUGCAUUGUUAUGACCGGCCACCGCCCCGGGAGACUCUUGUGGUGUCGCUCGCAGAAGAUGUUGAUCCCACCAUUCCACAACAAAUUCAUAUAUCUUUGGUUGGUAAAGAUAGAAUGCGAAUUUCUUGGAUUACCAACGACCAUGCUCCGUCCACAGUAGUAUACGGUACAUCUCCAGGGAAACAUGAUCAUUCUGCAAAUGGGUCCUUUUCGUCUUAUAAACAUGGAAAUUACACAUCGGGUGACAUACACGAUGUGGUUAUAGGUCCAUUGGAUCCGAGUACUGUGUAUUAUUACAGUUUUGCCCAUUGUUCAACCCUUGAGUACUCUUUCAAGACUCCCCCAACCCAAUUUCCAAUCAAAUUUGCAGUUUCAGGUGAUCUUGGACAAACUGGAUGGACAAAAUCUACCCUUGAACAUAUUUCACAAUCAAACUAUGAUGUGUUUCUACUUCCUGGAGAUUUGUCCUAUGCCGAUACAGUGCAGCCACUGUGGGACUCUUUUGGUCGCCUGAUGGAGCCACUGGCCCGUCAAAGGCCGUGGAUGGUGACAAUAGGGAACCAUGAUAGUGAGAAUAUUACAGAAAUCCCCAAGCCCACUUUUAUUGCAUACAAUACAAGAUGGCGUAUGCCAUUUGAAGAGAGCAAGUCCACUUCUAACUUGUACUACUCAUUUGAGGUUUAUGGGGUUCAUGUCAUCAUGUUGGGUUCUUAUGCCGAUUUUGGGCAUGACUCGGACCAAUACAAAUGGCUACUGUCUGAUUUGAAGAAGGUUGAUAGGACUAAAACACCAUGGCUUGUCGUGCUUGUACAUGCACCAUGGUAUAACUCUAACUAUGCUCAUCAAGGUGAGAUACAAUCAGUUGGUAUGAUGGAAUCAAUGGAGAGUUUGCUUUACAAAGCUCGUGUUGAUGUCGUUUUGGCAGGCCAUGUCCAUGCUUAUGAGCGUUUCAAUCGUGUUUACAAUCAAGAAGCUGACGAUUGUGGCCCAGUUCAUAUCACAAUUGGGGAUGGAGGCAACCUCCAUGGUCUUAAUAGCAAGUACAUGGAACCACAACCUAAACUAUCAGCAUUUAGGGAAGCCAGUUUUGGGCAUGGGGAAUUCGAGAUGGUCAAUGCAACUCAUGCCCUAUGGUCGUGGCACAGAAACGAAGACGAUGAAUCUGUUAAGGCUGAUUCCGUUUGGAUCAGAAGCCUGUCUUCUGAUAACUCUUGUAAAAAGCUAUAAACAUGAAUUCUUUUACAAUAGCCCAAAAUGAGUAAUAAUGAACACAAACGUUGUGUCAUGUUUUUUAUUUAAUAUCAUGUCGUUAAGGGUCACAAAAAAAUCAUGUCGAUUAAUCAAAUUUUAUAGUUGAAUUAUAAUGACAUAAGGUAUUAUUGUAUUA